AUGCAGUGCUUCAUCUGUGUCGUAUACGUUAUGACGAUAUGCAGCGCUCACCCGCCGAAAGAUCGAGAACCAUCCGUACCACAGAGACGAUCACUUUUCCAUGACGUCAUAGAAUCUCUCAGAAUAAGGGCCCAAUUACCUGAAGUAUUCUCAGACGACGAAAACAACCUAGGACAAAGUUACGAAAAGUUUACGUUUGAAAACGACCUACAGCAGCCGAACGACGUCAAUUUUGUACCACGACGAAACGAUAGACUCGAAAUGCCCACUCUCAAAUACCGAUUUCCAAAGAAUUUAGACCUAAACGAUACAAUUGCUGAAUUGCCUAAAGAAGAAAUAGUGCUAUACAUCAAUGCACCAGAAGAUAGUGACACGACAACCAUAAAACCGAAAAAAACAAAACGACCCAGACCAGUUAUAAAGAAUAAAGUGAAAACAAAAGAGGCUGAAGAACUAGAACAAAAACCUGUUCCGAAUUCGAUGUCCGGUCAGAGCCAAAUUGGCAAUCGGGAGACGCAAACAGUAGUGAAACCGACAGUAAUAGUUAAUUUUAGAGGUUCAGUGAGCAACAGAGAGAGCGAUAUACGUUUGGAGAGACGUAAAAAUAACAACACUUUAAACGAUGUUACUCCACAGAAUAUAUUUAAUAUCAACCAGGAGAUCAAGUUGGAGAGAGCGGAUCCAGGUCUAAGCAGUACGGGGGAUCCAAAGCGUACACCAAACGCAGUGAGGCAGAAUAUAAAGAUCGAAGCUGAUGGUAAGGUUGAAGAGGAUAUGAUGAUGUGCGAAACGAAUUCAUGGAAAGAUGGUAAGAGCAGAGACGGUCGUCACUUGUUGCAAAUACUUUUAUCAGUGUAG